UGGACGUUAACAUUUUGCUCGCGAACUUGAGUCCAUACAAAGAAAGUCCAGAAAUAGUUUUUUAGUGAGCUUUUAGGCCGUAAGUUGGAAUUGUUAGACAUCAUGAAGACCUGUGAAUUGAGUGUGAUCAAAUACACAUUGUUUAUUUUCAAUUUGAUAUUUGCGAUAUCAGGUGUUGGACUGAUAAUAGCAGGCUCCCUCGUUCUAGCAGAGGUGGGAGAAUUCAGCCAUUUUUUGGAGGGUAAAAUCCUAGCACCGCCAGUGGUCUUAAUAGUAGCGGGUUGUAUUGUCUUCCUAGUUGCUUCCUUGGGGUGCUAUGGAGCUAUCAGAGAAUCUUAUUAUAUGCUGAUGGCGUUCGCUCUUUGUCUUCUGAUUAUCUUCGUGAUAGAAUUCGCUGUUGGUAUAGCUGCAGCCACAUACAAAAAUCAGUUUCAAUCAGUACUCAAGGAAGCCAUGACUGAUUCAUUGAGCAAAUAUGAAUCGAGCAAAUCUGACAAAAUAGCCUGGGAUAAUAUUCAAACAAAGUUGGAGUGUUGCGGCGUAGACGGCCCUAUGGACUGGUCAAAGAGGCCCCCCACCUGCUGUCACCCGACCAGGGAAAACGCGCCAGACCCCUCGCCAGAGCACUGCCGUAACGCCAAGCCAGGCGACGAUUUCCUCUACAAUUAUGGGUGCUUCGAAGAGCUGCAGAUGAAGGCGGAGAGUUCCUCGAAGGUGUUGAUCGGAGUGGGAAUAGGAGUCGCGUUCAUCCAGAUUAUUGGGAUUAUCCUGGCAUGUUGGUUGGCAUCAGCAGUGAAAAAUAGGGAAUAAAACCAAACAACAGAAUAUUAUGUUAAGUUCCAAACAAUAGGAGUAGAUAGAUAGAUAGCUGAGCAGUAGGUCCAAUAUAAGUAUUUUAUUUGUAUAAAAAUAUACCUCACUAUUUGUACAAUGUAUUUAUUUUGUAUCCGUAUUAGGGUCACUGACAAAAUCUAUCUAUUAUGACUAGACCGUAUGUCAUAAUCCAAAUAACUCGAAAGCCUCAUCCAAAUUUCUUGCCUAAAAAUGAAACUGCGCACACUGUCAUACAUGGUAAAGACUAAUGUCUAAUAUGUUCGGUCUAAAUAUUAAGUUGAUGAUACAGAACUCAUAACCUUUAUAUCUUACGACUAGAACCCAAUAUGGCGGACGAACAAAUCAUGCAUCAGCUGCAACACUGUAAGAGAACCAUAAAAAGUAGCGGUGUUAAAAAUCGUGGCGAAAUGCAAAUGGACGCCAGUGGCGCAUCUCGAUGAUGGGAUGAAAGUAAAAGUGAAUUUGGAUGAUAUAAUUAAAUGAAUAUGCUGCUCAUUCCCUUGCACUCUACAUAUAAAUAUAUUCAGAAUAAGCACAUCUCUCAUAUUAUUUUUACACAUUUCAUAACAUAUUCCAUUGUCAUAGUCCAAGAUUUGAAUAAUUAUCGUAUUCCACUGUAUCAAAUGAGUUAGUUCAUUUCAAAAGACUCCUCAAAAUAGAGACUGAAAUGCUUGUGUAAAAUUUGUCAUUCUACUGUUUAUAGAAUUCACAUUCCAAUAACCUUGGUUCAGUUAAUUUUCCAUUGUUCUGGAACCUGCGAAAGAUGAUAUCAAUAGGCUUCAAUAGGAAAUAUAGGGUUUAUCAUUGAAGAUAACACAAAUUACUCAUAGAGAACAUACAAUUAUACCCCAAAUGAAUGGUCUUUUCCUUAGACUGAUCUCCUUGAACUUCUCGAAUCUAUUCCUGAUGGAUCAAAAACAAACAAUUUAUCAUGUGAAGACAAUGUUAUUAUAUCAUCUGAAAAUUCGGGGACAGUGUUUUCAACAGCUUCAACUGAAAGCGAGAAUCAAGGUAUAAUGUUUGUAAUGGUUGUCGGUUCUUAGUUCGAUUCUCACCCUGAAUUUGGUCAGAAGAAAAUCAUCCUCGGUAGAAAGAAUUGAACACAUGUUAAAAUGAUGACCAUUCCAAGUUUGACUGUAUUUCAAGACCAUUCUGUGUAAUUGAAUUCAAGAAACCUCAAGUACAUUAUUUCAGAUAGGUACUUAUAAUUCGCCUUUUUACUACGCCCUCAUGUUCAACAAGGAGUUAUGCAGUCUUGAACAUAUCACUUCAUCACAA